GCAGAAGCAUGGCAACGGGUCAGCAAGGAUCCGGCGAACGCUCGCUUGAGAACGGGCGAGGUAUUGCGCCUUGUAGCGGCAGAACUCGCGCAAUAAUGUUGUCACACUGUUGAUGUCAUUCGUCCAUCGCGUCGCGUUCGGUUCGAGUCGACCGUCUUCGAGCUUCGAGUUGCACCCUGUCUUAGUCACUGCAGCGGGGCAUGGUGGCUCGUCAGACAGCGCAGCAACAAGGCGCUGUCAGAUUGAAGCAGAGCUAUACUGUCCUGGGCGAUGAUCACCACACAGCGCCUCGAACUGCGACUGUCCUCUCACUACGAGGCCAAGCCGCUGCUGACGACAAUUCGGGACUCAUAGAAGAAGCAUACGUGCACUACGAGGGUUGCGACUCGAGACUAGAUGAAUGGCUACCAGUCGCUAAACUGCUGCCUCUAUCUUUGACUAACGGCACGAGCAUCAAGCAAGAGUCAGGCUCUCUACCGCCUGCAAUCGAUUUGCAGUCCCAACUGGGUGUGCCUGCAGCUAUUGCUACUCUGCUGGAAGGAUCCCCACAGCCAGCUCUCCAGACGAUAUCACAGCAGAUUGCGCAGACGUACACCUCACAUGCAACUGCUGAAGCCCAUGCGCCCAAGCGGGGCACACUCAAACCGAGACAGAUCUCUAAAGUCAUCUGGGGCUGGCAUGAGAUCAAUUGCUGGUACUCGAGCCCAUACUUGCUUGAAGAUGCCAAGCCGACGGCAGGUACCAGCUCAAAGCCCAAUGGAGUGCUCCAUGAAGCUGAUUCAGGCCUUGUUCCCGCCAAGCCCAUCAAGAAACGCCCGGCUUCAGACUCAGAUGACGAUGCUUUCACUCCUGGCAAGCUGAGUAAGGUGCCCGCAAGGAAGCCAAAGUCAAAGCAAGGGGGAGGCAAGAAUGCGUCAUUGAGCGAAGAUACUCAUCACGAGUAUGCAUCGUCAACGGACGACUUUGUAGCAAGCACAUCAGGUCGUAAGGAGCUGCCAAGAAAGCAGCCGCGCGGAUCUGUCGUGGGACAGCCAUCUACCAACGGACACGCGCAUGCUAUGGGCAGUGUGGUUGAAUCCUCCGUGCUCUACGUAUGCGAUGGCUGCUUCAAGUACUUCUACAAUCCGCCGGUCUACCAGACUCAUAGAAGAAUCUGCAAGAUGGCACAUCCGCCAGGCAGAAAGGUGUAUCAACGGGGCGCGCAUAUUCUCUGGGAAAUCGAUGGCGCUCAGCACAAGUUAUUCUGUCAAAAUCUGGCCCUCUUUGGCAAGCUCUUCAUUGAUCACAAGUACAUGUUCUAUGAUGUCGAUGACUUCCUGUUCUACAUCGUCACUGAAGCCGAGCCAAGUCGCGAUUACGUGCUCGGGUAUUUCUCAAAGGAAAAGGUAUCUUAUGACAAUUAUAAUCUUGCCUGCAUCGUCACCUUUCCGCCUUUUCAGAAGCGCGGCUACGGCAAUCUGCUCAUCGAAUUCAGCUAUGAAAUCGCUCGUCGCACUGACCCAGCCGCACCACCAGGUACGCCCGAACGCCCGCUGUCAGAUCUCGGCCUUCGAGGCUAUCUCACGUACUGGACUGGCGCUAUCGUUCGCCACCUUCGCACGCUGUUUCAGUCUGACGCCUUCCCAAUCAACCAGAAGCUUACGAUCACCAAGACGAGUCCCAAGAGGCAGUCACCGCGGAGGCUCGGGCAGAAUGAAACCAUUUCACCGCUCUCAGGCGAGAAACACCUCACACUCGCUUCGAUUGCCGCUGCUGUCCAUCUGCGCGUUGACGACGCGGCUUUUGCGAUGCACGAGUCGGGCUUGGUCAGCGUCAAGGGUACAGAUGGAGAAAUUGUCAUCACGCCCGAACUGCUUGAGCACGUCGCAAAGGAGAAGAAAGUCAAGAUCGCUUUCCUCGAGGAGGAGUACUGGCUCAUCUGA